GGCGGUGCGCGGGGCGGGCGCCGACGUCAGGGCGCCGCGCGCAUAUUGAUGCGGGGGCCCGGCCGCGCUCGCCAAGGAGCAGAAGGAAGCAAGAUGGCGGCGCUGUAGGAGCGGGGAGCGCGGCGCCCGGGCUGUGCGUGCUGGAUGUCGGCGAGGCUGAGGGACGCGGCAGAGAUACGUUCAGAGGGUAGCCUUGUGGAUGGCCCCGGAGCAGGCCAGAUGGAACAGGGCAGAACCAACCAUGUUGACGGCAAUAGAUUGAGUCCAUUUCUAAUACCACAGUCUUCUCACAUUUGCCAGGCAGAGCCUUCUGCACUGAAGCUACAGAACGGGAGUCCAGCAACAGAGAGGCCUGAAGUGGAAGUAAAUGGAGACCACAAGCCGCUAUUCAAUAAAAGCAACUUUGGAGUGUCCCACCCAAAGGGAAGUCCAAACAAUCGUGUUAGCCCUGACCUUUUACAAGAAAAGAAAGUAUUCUCCAAAUAUAUGCAAAAUGGUGGGAUCAAACGUACUUUUAGCGAGCCCUCUCUGUAUGGACUUCAUGAGAGCAAGAAAGUGAGACAAGACAAAGAGGUAAAUGGAGAAAAAGCUGAGCCAGAGGACAAUAGUGAAAAACCAAGUGUCUCCAAUUGUUACAGUGAGAAGAAAUUUGAAAGUUUUACAAGACAAGAAAACAAAGCUUCAGAUUUGAUACCGUCUACAAGAUACAACAGUGUUGGUUCAGAAAACCCUCAUGAUCUUCUGCUUCAGGAUGAGCAGGAGCGGGAAAAUAUUCAUUGCCAUAACAGGGACAUUGUCUUACUACUUAAGAACAAGGCAGUGCCAAUGCCUAAUGGUGCUACAGUUUCUGCCUCUUCCAUGGAAAGCAUGCAUGGUGAACUCCUGGAGAAAACACUGUCUCAAUAUUAUCCAGAACUUGUUUCCAUAGCAAUGCAGAAGAACACAUCUCAUAUCAAUGCCAUUACCAGUCAGGCUACCAAUGAGUUGUCUUAUGAGACAACGCAUUCAUCCCAUACCUCAGGGCAGAUCACUUCCCCACAGACCUCAAACUCUGAGCUGCCUCAAGUGCCAGCUGUAGUGGUUACUGAGGUUUAUGACACAAAAGACUCCAGUAAACCACCUGCAUUGCCAGGUAGCUGUUCACUUCAGAAACCAGAUCUACAGCUACAGCAACAGAUUCCAGGCUAUGAUUCUCACCAGUUACCUGUAGGAAACAGUAAUAUUCAUGGAAGCAUAGGGCAGGUUCCCAACCAAGACCUCUCCCUAAGUUCCAGCAGUAACCUGCAAGCUCAGAGCACUGCUCUGGAAAGGUACUCUGAGCAAGCAGAAAAUAAUGGUGCUUUCUUUACACAGAACUCAAUGUUUCACAAAGAUUCCUCCACCGCUCCUGCUCCAGAAAUGAACAGUGCACUGUCUGCCGCGGUGCAAGAAGGACAUCAUUCCUAUGAGAACAGAUGUGAUGAAACUCUUUCUGGGGAGAUAAAAAAUGAAGGGCAACAGGAGGGACCAAUGUCAGAAAGUCCCAGCCUCAGCCAACAACAACUUCACUCUCAGCACAGCCUUCUGCAACAGGCACAAAUGUCACAACAAGAUGUCAGUGAAAGCAACCCACAAGCUGCUGUGGCUGCCUCGAUUCCACAGCACCCUGAAGAAGUGACGCUGGUGUCAGAAUCUCCCCUCCAAAACCUGCACGCACACAGAAGCAAGGGUGAGUUGCAACAACACUAUCAGCAUUUCCCAGGACAGAGAGAACCUCAGACUCCUCCUGACAAAGAAAAGGACCAAGUGAAAGAGCCUGUACAACAGGCUCAAUGUUAUUCAAAACCAGCCUGGAUAGAACUGGUUUCCACCCAGUUCCACCAGGGAGAGCCUCCCCAGAAGCCCAGCGAAGCAUCAUUGCGCUCAAUUCUUCAGUAUCAGGCAAGCACAGCCCAAACCGUCUAUACAAAACAGUAUGCUGGAAGUCCUGAUUCAUUGAAAGGGCCUUCAGGACAGGCCCAGAGCCAGAAGAUAAUGCAACAGGAACAAUUUCCUCCACUGUACAAAAGUGAGAGCUCCCUGCUGCAGCCACAUCCCCCAGCUGACCAGCAACUACCGUUCCAGAAACACUCACCACAGCCACAACUCAUAAAGGUGGAUUCCCUUCUCAAGUCCCAAGUGCAGCAACACUCUCCACAGCAGUUCCAUUUCCAGCCAAGAUCAGAACUACAAACUGAACAGCCUUUAGGGGCCCCCUUGAAACAGCAGCACUUGAAACCCCAGCCAGGGGAAAAUGGGCAAUUCUUGCAUUCACAUAUCUUGCAACAGAUGCUGCAAAAACAGGCACAUCCGGUGCAGCUGCCAUGCAGUCCACAGCUAACCCCAAACCAGCAGCAGGCCCCAAAAAUGAAAACUAAAGACCUGCCCCAAGCCGUAUCCUACCCCCAAAGCAAUGCUGGGCAGCCUCUGGACAGGAAGUCCUUCAAUCAACUUGAAGUAGAUGAAUGUUUCCAAACUGGGAGUAAGUAUGCUAAAUCAGCUGCAUUCCCACUGCCUAACCCUCAGCUAGGCCUAGAGCAGGUACAGACCAUGAACAACAAAGCUCCCCUUUACACUCAGAAGGCAAAUGCCAGUCUCCAGCACCCUUGCCCAAACAACAGGCACCUGAUUCCGGAGAAGAAAGUGAACGCCGCAAAUAUGGAACGCUUUGGAGCCAACAAAAUGCAAGACUUGCAGCAUGUGCAGUAUUUAUCAAAUAACUUGACCGCAAAGCAAGAUGCAAAUCAUUGUUUUCAAGAACAAGAGCAACAGACACAAGAAGCCUCAGUUCUACAUUUGCCACCUCUCCAGCCCUCACAGGGCUAUGGUGCUAGUCUGAAUCAAGAGCUCCCGAGCAAACAAGCUCCACAGAUCCCUCAGCAGUACUUACCACACAGCCAAACUGCCACCGACUCCCAAGACCAGAGAGGCUGUCAUUUGCAGUCCCAGACCUCUAAGGAUUUUCAAAAGCAUGCUGUUCUGCGGUGGCAUCUUUUGCAAAAACAGGAGCAACAAGCAUACCAGCAACCCAAAACUGAGACUGGUCCCAGUGCAGCACGCAAGCCUAUAAAAAUCGAGGCUGGCACAAAGUCUAAUGUCUGCAUGCACCCAUUAGCUGGACAGCUGGAAAACAAAACAUGGAAAAAACCAGUUAAACAGGAGAAUCAGCACUUUGGCUGCGAGAACGUGCAACAAAAGAGCAUAAUCGAGACAAUGGAGCAGCAGCUAAAACAGAUACAGGUCAAAUCACUGUUUGAUCAUAAGACUUUUACUCUCAAAUCACCCAAGCAUGUGAAGGUUGAAACAGCAGGCCCUAUUACCAUCCUAUCACGACAUACCAGUGCUGCAGAUUUUGACACUCAAAUACCAGUCUCAGAUCAGCAAGCAAACUUGUCUGCUGAGAAAACCCCGACCAAAAGAACAGCUGGAACUGUUCUCAAUAAUUUUUUAGACUCACCUUCCAAGUUACUGGACACUCCUGUAAAAAAUUUAUUGGACACACCUGCCAAAACCCAGUAUGAUUUCCCAUCUUGCAGCUGUGUUGAACAAAUUAUUGAAAAAGAUGAAGGUCCCUUCUAUACUCAUCUAGGAGCCGGUCCUAAUGUGGCAGCUAUUAGAGAAAUCAUGGAAGAAAGAUUUGGACAGAAGGGUAAAGCUAUAAGGAUUGAGAGAGUUGUCUACACUGGGAAAGAAGGCAAAAGUUCUCAAGGAUGUCCAAUUGCUAAAUGGGUAGUCCGCAGAAGCAGUCAGGAGGAGAAGCUGCUCUGCUUGGUGCGCGAGCGAGCAGGACACACAUGUGAGACGGCCGUCAUCGUGAUUCUCAUCCUGGUCUGGGAGGGAAUCCCGACCAGCCUGGCUGAUAAGCUCUACACUGAACUCACUGACACCCUGAGGAAGUACGGCACACUCACAAACCGGCGCUGCGCCCUGAACGAAGAACGGACUUGUGCAUGCCAAGGGCUGGACCCUGAAACUUGUGGUGCUUCAUUUUCCUUUGGUUGCUCCUGGAGCAUGUACUACAAUGGUUGUAAGUUUGCCAGAAGCAAGAUUCCAAGAAAGUUUAAGCUGAUGGGGGAUGACCCAAAAGAGGAAGAAAAACUAGAAUCCAAUUUGCAGAAUCUGUCAACACUGAUGGCACCUACCUACAAGAAGCUUGCACCCGAUGCAUAUAACAACCAGAUCGAGUACGAACACAGAGCCCCCGAGUGUCGCCUGGGUUUGAAGGAAGGUCGGCCAUUCUCAGGGGUCACUGCCUGCCUCGACUUCUGUGCUCAUGCUCACAGAGACUUGCACAAUAUGCAAAAUGGGAGUACUCUGGUUUGCACACUGACUAGAGAAGACAAUCGUGAAAUUGGCCAAACACCAGAAGAUGAGCAGCUCCAUGUGCUCCCAUUAUAUAAAGUCUCUGAUGUGGAUGAGUUUGGAAGCACUGAGGGCCAGGAGGAGAAGAAGAGGAAUGGCAGCAUCCAGGUCCUUACCUCCUUUCGACGAAAAGUAAGGAUGUUAGCAGAGCCUGUUAAGACCUGUCGGCAAAGGAAGCUAGAAGCAAAGAAAGCAGCUGCAGAAAAGCUUUCCUCCUUGGAAAAUGGGUCUAGCAAAGCUGAGAGAGAGAAGUCUGCUGCAGCACGCAACAAGCAAGGCACCUCUGAAGCAGCAGGUCACGCAAAGCAGCUGGCAGGUAAACAAAGGAAUCGGAGCGGGGUCAGCAGUGAUCUUUUACGUCUUUCAGGACCAGCCACACAACAGCAACAGCAGCAACAUCCACAGCGCUCCCUUCCUAACAACCCUCAGUCAAAUUCCAUUAACUCUUACUCAGGUUCAGGUUCUGCAAAUCUCUAUGGAAGGCUGCCUAAUCCAGCCAAUGCUUAUCCAAACUCUUCGUACACUUCAGAUCCAUAUGGAGGGUCCAAUCCCAUGAACCUCUAUACAACCUCAUCACAGUCUGUGGGAUCUUAUUUGAAUUCUUCCAGUCCCAUAAACCCUUAUUCAGGAUCUCUAAGUCAAAAUAACCAAUAUCCCCCCUACCAAUGCAAUGGAAACUUAGCUAUGGACAACUGCCCCUCUUACUUGGGCUCCUACUCUUCCCAGCAUCAGCACAUGGACUUGUAUAGUUGCCAGAGCCAAGACCAUAUGUCUAAACUAAGUCUACCACCCAUUCAAACAUUAUACCAGCAUAGGUUUGGGAAUAACCAGAGUUUUGGUCCCAAGUACUUGAAUUAUGGAAACCAAAAUAUGCAGGUAGACUCCUUCAGUAACUGCACCAUUAGACCAAAUUUACACCACAUAGGGUCAUUUUCCUCUUACUCAACUCAUGAGGCCAAUGGCCAUUUUAUGGAUGUUGCCUCAAGGUUAAAAUCUAAUCUAAGUAAUUCAAGCAUGGAUUUUGCCUCCAUGAGUAAAACAGGUGAACAUCAUCACAUGCAACCACCUUCUCAUUUAUCACAUGACUACCAUUCUGCGCAAAGUAUGUUUCGUGGUCCUCCUAAUUCACUGCAUCUCCAAAAUAAGGAUAACGAAAUGAUUUCACAUGCAGUUAAUGGUUUGUCUAACAUGCUUCCAGGUCAAAACCAUGACAGGACUACUCCCCAGGGUGGUUUAGAUAAAACUGACGUGCUGAAUCCAGAAAAAACAGAGGAUCCUGAUGAAGUCUGGUCAGAUAGUGAGCAGAACUUUCUGGAUCCAGAAAUUGGAGGAGUGGCAGUUGCGCCAUCUCAUGGGUCAAUUCUCAUAGAGUGUGCAAAACGUGAGCUCCAUGCAACAACCCCCUUAAAAAAUCCCAACAGGAACCAUCCCACCAGAAUAUCCCUUGUAUUUUACCAGCACAAGAGCAUGAAUGAGCCAAAACAUGGUCUGGCUCUGUGGGAGGCAAAGAUGGCUGAGAAGGCAAGAGAGAAAGAAGAGGAAUGUGAGAAGUACGGCCCAGACUACGUGCCUCAGAAAUCCUACGGCAAAAAAGCCAAGCGGGAGCCUGUGGAGCCCCACGAGCCCUCUGAGCCAACGUACCUGCGCUUCAUCAAGUCCCUGGCACAAAGGACGCUGUCGGUCACCACGGACUCCACCGUAACCACAUCUCCAUAUGCCUUUACACGGGUUACAGGGCCUUACAACCGAUACAUCUGACUUCACACCUUGGUUGGUUACCUCAUUUGAAAAAACACCUUGUCACUACAGUAGUAGGUGCUUUAGGUUUCGUGGAAGGCAAAGGUGGAGAAGAAAACAGUGUUUUUAUGGAACUCAUCGGUGGAAGAAGCCUCGACACACCAGCAAAAAGAGGUAAAUCUCACUAGAGCACUUGUUUUCCGCUGAUUUUUAAGUGGUCACAGAUGGCACGUAGGAAACAAGACCAAAGCAUCCUAUGCAAAGAAAAACAAAACAGAAGAAGAAAAUAAAAGGAAAGUAAAAAGGAGAGAAUACAACAAAGUGUUUCACAAUUUACAUUGGAAAAUGCUGGCUCUUACUGAAAGAGAUAAUCUGCAAAUGGAAUUUUUUUUUUCCUUACAGUUUUGCACAUCUGUGGCCACUUUUAAUGUCAUCAAGUCUGCAUAGUCACGGAACAGGAGGAAAAAACCCCUUAAAAAUAAUACUGCAGUAUUACAACUGCAGGAAUCUUAAAAUAACAUCUGGUGCUGAAUCUAUGAUGUACUGAAAUACUGGAAUUAUGGCUUUUUAACAUGCAACUUUUACUGUAAUCUUGAUAGUUUUUUGAUUUUAUUUAACAAAGUAGAUAAGUAUAAGACAAAUAGACAGCAAAACACUGAAUUUGUUUGAAUAUUCUAAAACCAUGGUGCUAUCUACGAGAAUGGUGUCUUUAUUUUAUCAGUCAAACAGUUAAUGCCUUUAUAACAAAAUGUCAAUGAUGUAGUCAAAUGUUCUUCAGCAACAGGGAGGAUCUUUUCAUUCAUGUAUGUAUUGAAGUUACCUGGUGUUAAAAUAAGCUUACUUUUUAACAUAUGAGAAUUACAAAGACCUCUGGAUUUUGCUCAUCCAGUCAAGUCCUAGAAAAGGACAAUAAAAUAGAGAGAUAUUUUUUUUUUAAAUAGUGUUUCAAAAGCACUUUGUCUACCUAAGCUUGGCAACUUGAACAAUGCUAAGGUACUAAGACAUUAAAAAAAAGAGUUUACUUUGAUUUAAAAAUGCAAAGAUAAUUUUUUUAAACUAAAAGCUUUUAAAUACUUUGGUUUAGCCAUGCAUCAGCUAGUGGGCUACAUAUCCAUUUUUAAUACAGUCAGUUAUGAUAAAAACGGGGCUUACUGGAUAUAAGGGAAUACUUUAGUACACAAAACACUUUUUUUCUGGUGCUCAUCUCACACAGCUAUACUGUAAACUGUUUUCUACAAUUAUUAUGACAAGUUCAUUGCUCAAAUAUGUACAGUUUUAAGGAAAGAAUUUUAUAUUAACCACAGGUAAUAAUUAGCAGCAUGCAACAAACUACACCUAGUUAACUUGGGCUUCUGCUGUUUCUAGAGAUCUGUGCGCUCCCACUAUGGAAUGGCAGAACUGCUUUUGUGUUGAUAAUUAUGUACAUUGUGGUGCAAGUAAUUUCUUGGUGCAAGUGGCUUCUUUUCCAGGAAGACUGAGCAGGCCGAUGCCUACACAAAAUGAAUGAAACAGGGUUAGUUCUGUACUAUUCCAUUGAUUAAUAGAAAAAAAAAAUAGGCAGCUGGCUUGCUUGGUGGUUUUAAAUCAUUAAUUUCUAAUUAAAAAAAAAAAAGCAAGAGAGCUGUAUAGUAAAUUAAAUUGUAAACAAAACUUUUUUUAACGCAAUGCUUUAGUAUUUUAGUACUGUAAAAAUAUUAAAUCUAUAUAUAUUUGGGUUUUGAGCUGAAUUUACAUCAUGGUGCUACUCAGCCUGCUACAAAUAUAUCAUAAUGUGAGCUAAAAAUACAUUAAAAGGUUUGAGUGAUGUUCCUACUUGUCAUAUACCUCAACACUAGUUUGGCAAUAGGAUAUUGAACUGAGUGUGAAAGUUUAUAUAUUGUAUACCAUCUUUUUUCCCCAAUAGCCUUUGAAAAAAACAAAAAAACGAAACAAAAAAACUCUCAAUACUUGACAUUUUAGCAAGUAUAACUUGAAUUUCAACUUCUUUUUUCCUUUUUUAUUUUUUUUUGGUUCUAAAAAUUCAGGGAUAUUUCAGCUCAUGUUCUCCUAUGCCAACGUGUCACCUGUGUGUAUGUAAAGCUGUUGUAGGUUAAAUAUAUUAUUCCUGGGUUUUUUGAUUUUGUUUUGUUUUGGGUUUUUUUCAGGGAUUUAAUGUUUUUCUUUUGAAUCCCUUCUCUUAUUUUUCUUGUACAUUUAUUGUGUAACAAAAACUAAUUUUGUAAAUUUGUUAGCUCUUUAUUGUAACAGAAGUGUUUAAGAGAUUUAGAAUGUUUUGACUGUUUCAAAUAAUUAAACAAAAAGAAAGUAGAAUGCACUGAGCUAAUUAAAGGGAAAAAUGUAAGGCAGGGGUUUGGCAAGUGACUGUUUGCUAGAGUUAUUUGAGUCACUCUCUAAACAAGGCUUCUUGAAUACUGUAAUGAAUAAAAUAAAAUAUAAAAAGGUACAGUCUGUACAAGGGCUUCCCUAAACAUGCAAACCUCCAUGUCCCAGCUAUAUCUUGUGCAAUAUACUGUAAGAUUAAGUUUGGUCAAAAGAAAUUCUAUCCAACAGAAUCACAACCUAACUCAAGUAAAUCAAAGGAGGCCUUUGGGUUUAAUGGUCAAAUAUUUAUUAUGACAAUUUUGUUUUUUCUCAGUCUGUGACUUUAUCCACUCAUUGAAACAAAAGUUUUGCCUUUUUGAAAAAAAAAAGAUGGUUGUAUGUCAGAUUAAGUAAUUCAUUAUAUAUCUUCAUCUUUGGGUAAUUUUUUUUUUAAUCCUAUAUAAUUCAUGUAAUCCACAGUAGAUGUUUGGUUAAUAUGCCAUGUACUGUCAUUUGCCAAACUGCUGGCAGCAGGAGCAGGAAGCUUAAUUGGUGAAUCAGUUUUGUAUUGUAAAUACCUGAGCUGUAAUUUUUGGUGUACAGAACCCUGCCUCAGUUGGAAUGAAUGACAAUGCAGACAGAGUUGCUUGUAUAGGAUUAUCAGGUUGACUAUAGCCAUACUUGAAGAUGCUUCUGAGAGUUGUCAACUUUACUUGAAUGAAUUUUUCAUCUUGAUUGACGCACAGCAGUAUAAAGUUCACUUCUAAAGCUAGCGGUUAACUUGUGUAGGAAACUUUAGCAGUUUGACACUAAGGCAAUGAACUUCUGUGUGCAUUUUCUAUGCUCAUGUUCUACCUUUUUUUACUUUAAUUUCAUUCAUUUUCAUGAGAUGUUUGGUAUGUCUAUAAAAAGAAUCUGAGGAUAGUUAUAAAUACUGUAAGUAUUGUAAUGUAAUGCAGGUUAUUUGAAAGCUGUUUAUUAUUAUAUCAUUCCUGAUAACGCUGAGAUGUGGGUGUUUUUAAUAAAAUUUAUAUUUAUUUAAUGCA